GUCCACGCACAAUGAAAUGGAAAAAAACAGACGGGCACAUCUACGGCUGUGUUUAGAGCGCUUGAAAUCCCUCGUUCCCUUAGGACCAGAUGCUAACAGGCACACCACCCUCAGCCUGCUGAUGAAGGCCAAAGAUCAUAUCAAGAGGUUGGAGGAGAGCGAUAGGAGAGCUCAGCACACCGUGGAGCAGCUACAGCGGGAGCAGAGACACCUGAGGAGGCGUCUGGAGCAGCGGGUGGAGAGAACCCGCACGGACAGUACCGGCUCCACUCGGUCUUCUGACAAGUCCGACUCUGACCAAGAAGACCUGGAUGUGGACGUGGAGGGGACGGACUACCUGCUGGGUGACCUGGAGUGGAGCACCAGCAGUGUGAGCGACUCAGGGGAUGAGAGGGGCAGCCUGCGCAGCAGCUGUAGCGACGAGGGCUACUCCAGCGCCAGCCUGCUGCGCCUGCAGGACACUCAGGAGACGGCCAAGCAGCUGGGCUGCAGCCUAUAGACAGCACUGGUUACUGACCCAACUCCCGCCUCCCGGCCUCAGCCAAUCCCAUCACAAGAUUGUCUCGCCACUUCCUGGUCCCGCUCAGACCUCAUCCCCUUCCCUCCCUCCAUCCCAACCAGGACUAAUCGAGUCUGAGGCCUCUCCUCCAGCCGGGCUUCUGCGGACUUCCUGUCCCCACGGAGAUUUCCAUUAAAGACUGUAACACCUCUGAGACAGCCGCCCACAUCCAGCACAUCAUCAGCGGUCAGUCUUUAGGGUGUCACUUGCUCUGCACCAGUCAGACAAGGAUUCUAAAGACACUCCACCCCUCCGUCCGUCAGAAACACAACUUUCAGCCAGAGAAUGUUACCACACAAUAUCCCACUGCCUCUUUUUCUAUGCCUCAAGAGCCAUGGGAAGCACUUGAUUUCACCCUUACUUCACACAAACUUAAACACACAUACACAUACCCCUCCAUCGCUCCUAGUUGUCCAAUGAGACAGAGUCCUCCCAAAAGGUGUGACGCUGACAUGAUGUCAGGCUUUCUUUCUGGCCUGCUCACCAGUCAGCCACGGUGUUUUGCACUUUCCGGUCUCUUACAAAACUUAAAGGCUCCCACUACAGCUGUUGCAGUAAUGUUGCCAGAUGAAGUGGGAAAACUACGCCACAGCUGUGCUGCAGAGCACAGCAGAGUUUGUGGAAACUAAACUAGACUGUGUGUGUUGUUUAACCGUCAGGGUCCGACAGCAAUACGCCCCUUAUUACCAAGGCUUUGGCAGGCAGGCUCAUAACUACCCUGUAAUUUUCUGUCCACACCUGCCAUUCAGAGGAAAAAGUAAAAACAAAAUCAAAAACAACAACAAAAAAUUAGUUCAGCAUGAGAUUGUGAAGGGGCCGGGGUAUGUGGGAGGGUUUUGGGGUGGGUUUGAUGUUUUUUGCCUCUCUCUGAUGACUGUGGCGUUUUUAAAGCAUCCAUUUAUCAUAAUGUAUGUAUGUCACGUCUGAGCCUGGCGACGACAGGGGUCACUAGCAGGUUUGGAAACUUUAAACACCAGCCACCAGGCCGAAUGCUGGUAUAUUUCGGCAGGUGCUGGUAAAUUUUGUACACUACUUCUUCACUGCCCCCUUCACCAGGUAUUAAUAGGAAGGAAAGAGCAUAUCCCCUGAGAGCAGUCGAGAGACUGGAGCACAUUCCAUUAUGUAGAGAGGACAGGCAGGUGAGAUUGAGAGCAUUAUUUUUUUGCGAGUGGAUGUUCCUGCCAAUUAUUUAUGAAGGGAGAGUUCAGUUUGAGACGAGCCGAGUCGAGAUACAGAAGGACUGGCUUUAACUUUUCAGUGGGAACACACUGAGAAAGGCCCAACUCUUUCUCUGUGUUCACAAAUGAAAAGCACCAAAAUGUUAAAACAACAGAUUUUCUCUCCUUUGCCUUGCCUUCAUAGCUAUUUAUUGUUUCUGCAAAAAAUGUACACCUUUAAAUGUAAAUAGUUUACAGAAAGAUCUCUAUGUCUAUCAGCAAAUGUAUUUAUUACAUAUACUAAAUAUCUAGAUGAAUAUAUAAAUAUAUUUAAUUAGUCAUAGCCUAUGUUCCUGUGAGGUUUAUUGAGAGUUUCCAACGUGUAGUUUGUUUGCACAGCCUAGUCAGUCCAUAGAAUAUUUAGAAAUGUUUCUUGUGCCUCGAGGCUUUUGUGUCUGUUCGACACGGUGCUCCUAGAAAAUAAAAUGUUUUCUUUGUGGUUGAUGAUCUUUUUUUCUUCUGUUUUCAAAGCCAUGUUGCCCUUUAACGGGGGGAAUAAAAGGACAAAAAAAUCGGAAUAAUUGAUAAAAAAUGUGAAUAAAAAAAGUAUAAAAGAGAGGAGUCGGUGGCCAGGUUGAGUGGCGGUGAUGAUUCCUCUGGCAAAAGGUGUGUUUCCUGUUCGCCCAUCUCGGUGCCUGGGAAACCUUAAAAAACAAAAUGGCUGCUCACACCAGGUGAGAUUUUUAGCCCUUUUUGUUUUUGGUUCCAAAUCAUCACGGGCAGGGAGAGGAUUGCAGCUCUUUGAAUGUAGAUGUCCUCCACCCUGCAGUGUGGCAGCACAGUGCCAAAGGAAACCUCCCCGCUCCUGCAGCCACCACUUGCAAAUCUCAGUUAAAGCAUGAAGAUGAAUCAGAAAAAUAGAUAUAGGGUUGUUUAGUUUUGAGUGUGGAAUGCUGCUUUUAUUGUCAAAUUGAAACCUUUUUCAAACGGAGAGGAACUGUUUAGCCACGCUACUAGGGGGACUAACGGGGAAAUGUGUGGAAUAUUAGGUGUGAGUGGGCAGGUGUGUUCACUGAAAUGUCUGUCGGUGAAUGCCUGUGCAAACUGUGUUUAUUUCGUCACCGUCUUCAGAGAGAAUUUUUGGGGGUUGUAGAGGGUGGGUGGUUUAAAAAAAAUUGUAAGGCUAUGUUUCUGUUCAUUUGUUUACUAGUAAAAUGCAAAAAGUCCUCGACAAAGACUUUAUGUAUUACCCAAAGCAUUGAUGUCUGUCUAUGGGAGUCUCCUGUUUCCUCCUUAUUCCCAUCCAUGGCCUGUCGUCUUAUCUUUCGCCAAUCGACGUGUGCGUGCGUGACUCUCUCCUCCACAUGCUGCGUUGGCAUCCAUGGUGCAGGAGAGGCAGGGGCGUGUGGUGGGGGUAGUGUAUGUGUCAGUGAUCACAUGCAACUAUUGCUCCUCACUUCCCCAAUAAAAAAAAAACAAAAAAACAAAGACCCUGGUGCGCUCAGCAUCUGCCUUAAGAAGCAGGUGUGGAAUCCCUCAAAGAACAAGACUACAGUCAGACCAGUUGUUUAAGCUACAGGUUUCAGCAUCAGGGGAAACUCAAUGUUCAUUUGUAUAUUUGUUUUGUUUUUGUUGCACCUUUUUAUCCCUGCAUACAAAGUGGCUAAAAAUGCCUUAAAACAGACACAAAUGUAUGACCCAACAGAAUAUGACAUUUAUGAGUGUAUAUGAUAUAUCGACAUGUAUCACAAAGGCCAUUCCUUUUCAAUGUGACUGUCUCAGGCGUGGUGCUUUCAUCCAUUACACCGCACAGACACACCCCAUCAUAAUUUCAUGAGCAUCGUCGUCGCCUGCCACCUUUCUUCUUCAGAAAUGUCUGUUUGUUGAACAACAACUUAAAGGAGGGCAUUUUGUGCACUUAAUUUUUAAGAAUUGGAGAAUUUGGACAAAGUCUAAAAAAAAAAUAUUUCAAAUGUAGAAGGGGCAAAAAUUUUAAGAGAGAAUUGUGGAGCAGCAAUUUAUAUUUGCCAUUGAUAUUAAAGGAAUAAAACAUUUGAAACCCUUGUUUACCUACCUA